UCCUCCCCCCGACAGAGCUCGACUUCCAACGAGAAUUCAGGGUACUACAUUAACGAGGAACAAAAAGGCGACCUGACAGCGGUGUCUGCACUCCCUCCACUUUCUCCGGGGUAGUUACGGGAUUUCAAUGUUCAGUCUGAUCCUUACUUUCUGUGCCGACUUCAGCCGUACCUAUAUGGCGUGUGUGACCGGAGAAUUCUGCCAGGCACAGCACCUCACCUCAGUGGAGAAGUGAAUCGGCCGCCCCCCGAGGGACUACGCUACCCAGAAACCCCCCUGACUGCCAGCACAUUAGGAACUGCUGACCUUUCCAAAAGGCCCUCCUCUGGGAUAUUGCGUAGUCCUUGGCCUGACUGCCCUGCCACCAUCCCAACCAAUACGAAAAAUACUUGCUUUUCACUUUCUCCUUGAACAGCCAAUCACAAACAGCUCUCCUGAAUGGGCCGUCUCGCCAACAUGAACCGCCCUGCUGCAGUCGAGAUUAAACAUGAGUCCAUGAGGUUCCUAAUCACCCACAAUCCCACCAAUGCUACGCUCAACAAGUUUACCGAGGAACUGAAAAAGUUCGAGGUGAACACUUUGGUGAGAGUUUGUGACGCCACCUACGAUAAGGCUCCAGUGGAAAAAGAGGGCAUACAAGUCUUUGACUGGCCCUUCGAUGAUGGUGCCCCCCCUCCCACACAGAUCGUGGACGACUGGCUCAAGCUGCUUAACACCAAGUUUCGAGAGCAACCUGGCUGCUGUGUCGCUGUGCACUGUGUGGCAGGGCUGGGAAGAGCUCCAGUCUUGGUGGCCUUAGCCCUUAUUGAGGGAGGAAUGAAGUAUGAAGAUGCCGUGCAGUUCAUAAGGCAGAAGAGACGUGGAGCCUUCAACGCCAAACAGCUUCUUUACCUCGAGAAAUACAGAUCCAAGAUGCGUCUGCGGUUCAAAGAUAACGGCCACAACUGCUGCGUGCAGUAGGCUGCCCAUCUGUGCAUCUGUUUUUGAUGCACAUCCAGUUUGGAAUCUUCCAACAACGGGGAGAUCUUUAACAAAAAAAUGAGUGCUACCAGUAAUUGUUGUGAUGAUUUGUAAACACUGAGUCAUGGUUAAGUGAUCUGAGAGAAAUCGAAUGAUCGAACAAAAUGAAACUACAUCUGGGGAAAUCCACCAGCCGAACCAAUGAAUGGAAGGUCAAAGCACACAGAUGGGCCCGCCUCCCGGUUCUACAGCUCAACCAAACCACGGGCCAGAAUUGUUUUCCACUCGAGUCCAUCCUGUACUUGUCUCUACUUUUUCACUUAAGUUGUAAUCAUGUGAUAUUACCUUCCAUUAUGUGAAUUUUUAUUUUUACACAUACAUGGUGAUGAAAUGUUUGAUUCUGUUUUCAUUUUCUUUCAUUAUUAGGCCUUUAAAAAAAAAAAAAUUUUUAACUUUGAACACAUUUUGAUUGUGUUUUUGUUUUUGCACAAAACUCAAAAGGUUCACCUGAAAAUGCAGUAAUGUUCUUUUUUUUUUUUUGUGCUCUUCACUUGCUUCAAGUCACUUUCAGUUUAGGGAUUCACUGAGUCUGAAUACAUCAUAUUUAUUCGCAAGAGAAGUGUGGCAGUGUUGAGUUUGGCAGGGGUUAGGGCACUUUGUUAUCCAAUUUAUUUUUUUAAGUAACUAUGUAAGAGCCAUGUUUUUUUUUUCCUUCUAAGUCUUGUUGUAGUGCAAUAAUCAGUACACCUCAGAUAUGCCCAUCAGACCCUGCUGAGCAUCCUACGCACACAUUAACAUUCACUCUACCAAAUGAUGGGGGGGGGGGUGGCUACAGAAUUUCCCAAAAAUAUGCAGAUUUUAGCUCAUACAACCUGAGCCCAGGAUGUGGUCUGACAAACAGGGUGGAGGAGAAUGAAAAUGGUCAGUUUUUUAUCAUUGUACCCAUUUUGAAGACAUCCCCCAAUUCGUAUUGGUUCUUUAAAGAUAAAUAAAUUGAAAUAGAAAGCA